AUGGUCAACGACAAGCUCCAAAAUAUCGACAAUGAUGUCAAAGCCAAGUUCAACCAGUACAACGGGAUCAAGACCACACUGGCGGCGCUGCAGAGGAAGCAGACAGGGAACCUGGCGACCAAAUCACUGACGCCCAUAGUCAACCCGAACCUACUAGUACAGGACUCAGAGUACCUGGAGACCCAUCUCAUCGUGGUACCAACAAACGCGCGCAAAGACUUUCUUCGCAGCUACGAGACCCUCGCUCCCAUGGUAGUGCCACGAUCGUCGGUCCAGGUGGCGCAGGACGACGAGUUCACGCUUUUCGCGGUAACCACUUUCAAGAAGACCAGCGCCGAGUUUUUACAAAAGUGCCGGGAGCAAAAGUGGACGCCUCGGCAAUACAAGUACGUCGAGGGGGGCAAGGAGGAGGAGCAACGCGAACUCGACCGUAUUGCCCGGGAGGAGAAGAAGGUCUGGGGCGAAGCGCUGAGGCUCGGCCGGACAGGCUGGAGCGAAACCGCCAUGAUCUUGACCCACGUCAUGACGCUACGGGUGUUCGUCGAGACGGUCCUGAGAUACGGCCUGCCGUUGGAACGACCCCGAAGCAAGCAAAGAAAGUGA